AACUAACAUUCUGGAACUACAUCACCCAAGAUGCUUCUCGAUUUGCCCACAGUAUGCACAGGUAUGUCAUGGUAAUAGACGGCGAACUCCUCAAGCAGCUGAAGAGUUCCAACCUAGUCAAGCGGAAAAUAUACUACCAGAUCACGUUCGUCAGCCGAUACGAGGGAAAAUCUACGCUGCGUGUAAGAGCUGUGAAGUUAUUCUGAUAAAGUUGAGUUCUGCAGUGAAAAUGGGAAAUGGAAUGAAUAAGGUCCUUCCAGAUUUGUACCUUGGAAACUUUAAAGAUUCUCGGGAUAGAGAGCAACUUUCUAAGCACAAUAUUACACAUAUUCUCUCCAUACAUGACAGUGCUGCACCAAUGCUGCAGGAGAUGACGUAUUUGUGUAUUCCUGCUGCUGAUUCACCUUCACAGAAUCUCAUCCAGUAUUUCAAGGAAAGUAUCAAGUUUAUUCAUGAGUGUCGGCUUCAAGGAGAGGGAUGCCUUGUCCACUGUCUCGCUGGAGUGUCACGGAGUGUCACAUUAGUGGUUGCAUACAUCAUGACAGUAACUAACUUAGGGUGGCAAGAUUCCCUAAUGGCUGUUCGAGCUGCCAGAGCCUGUGCAGGACCCAAUGCUGGCUUCCUCAGACAGCUGGAAGAGUUUGAGAAGACAGAGCUACAUAAUUUCAGGAAAUGGCUUAAAGAAGAAUACAAGGAAAACUCUUUUAAAGAUGAAGAAGAAGUACAGAUUCUUCUGUCUAAAAGCUGUAAGCCAAUUGGUGUGGACGUUGAUAUCUGUGACAUAAUGACCACUUGACCUGAAGUAUUGCACAACUAAAAAUGAUACUUUAUAGACUUAAUACAUGCAGUGCCUACAAUUUGUUGAAGUAUGUCAUGAUGAGGUUUGUAAUGACAAUCUUAUGGCAAAAGGGGAAAAUUAAGAUUUACAAAUUAUUCGAAUUGUUUCUACUGAAAUUUGAUGUCAUUUUUAUAUGAUGUACUAUGUAUCUAAUAGCCAUAUUGUAUAAAGUUACGUUUGCUCAACUAUCAGCAAUGUUAGCAAGGUUUGACUCUAGAAGAAUUUUUUUUCACAAGUCACUUGAUAAGGACCAAGGGAAGUACUUUUCUGUUUCAGUAAUUUGUUAGAGGUAAGAUACAAAAUUUUUUAUAGGGUUUCAUUUCUGUCUUUCAUUACUAUCUCUGCAUUCCCAGAAAACUACCACACAUUACAGUAUCUUGUAUAUUUAAUUUCUGUUUGAUUGGAAAAAUGUGUUCAAUGAUUAAAAAUGUGAAUUUGGUAGCAAGUGUCACAGUUCCAUGUUUUGUUAACACCAUUAAUAUUUCUCGGCCUGAGAAAGGCAGCUUGCUUUGGAUGUGUGUGUAUAUGUAAGCACUCAUCUAAGUGGGUGUGUGGUAAGAAAAAACACAACUAAAACAAGCCAUUUAAUCCUCAGAAGAGAAGGCAUGAAUUUCAUAUUUACAUGUAAAAUAUCAAUUUUACUGUUAAGUGGAAGUUAACCGAAAUAUGUAUUCAAUUGUAAAUGUUUUUGUGUACAUAUUUUGUGUUAAAUAAAUAUUAUUUAAUCACUAGA